AAUCUGGAUUCGCUUAGAUUUGGUCUAAAAUGGCAUAUAUGAGCCAGGGAGAUGUCACCGGAAACGGCUGGAAGUAGCGAGAACGAGUCGAUGAAAAGAGUGGCGAUAAAAACAACACCUUUACUUGUUGUGCGCAUGUGUAGAUCGAAUAGUCUCGAAAAGGCGCCAAACAAAUAUAAACCAACCGCACCAACCGCUGUUGCGCAGUUAUAAGGUGUACUUCGUGAUCGGAGCUACGUCGAUUCUCAAGCGAGUUGCUUGUGCGACUUUGACAAGUAAAUUUUAAAUAAAGCGGAAAAGAGUAUUCCGAUCUGCUGUGUUGAGAAAAACGCAUCGUUGAUUUUUUAAAGAAAACAACAAGAAGACAAUCAUGGCACUGAUACCAAGAAACGUAUUUCGCAAUUGGUGGGAGGAUAUGGAUCGUUACCAUCGUGAGAUAGAAAAUCAUUUCCGCGACCUGGAUCUGCGCGAGAAAAAUCUGUGGCGAAUGCCGCCUAUACCGUCGUUCAACAACGUGUUUCGGCCGUGGCGUGACGUUUUCGAGAAUUUAAACAGUCAGGUGGGCGGAUCGGCAACGGUCGAGCGCGACGAAGACAAAUAUCAGGUGAUUGUGGACGUGCAGCAAUUUGCACCGGAAGAGAUUACCGUGCGAACCGAUGACAAGUGCAUAACCGUCGAAGGCAAGCACGAGGAGAAAAAAGAUAGACACGGCUAUGUGUCGCGCCAGUUUGUACGUCGCUACGUGCUGCCCAAAGGCUACGAUAUGGGCCAUGUGAAACCCAGUUUGUCGUCCGACGGUAUCUUGACCAUCACCGCGCCCAGAUUGGCAUUACCGGCACCGGGCGAGCGUAUUGUGCCAAUUCAGCGAAGCUACCGACCAGCUAUCAAAGCCACAUAAUCCGUUGAACCAAUCCCGGACAACGCAAAACGCUUAAGUUAAUUCUGGAUGAUUUGGAUAAUUUCCAGAAUAAUUCUCGCAAUGAUAAUUUUCAACGACAGAUAUUUGUGUUGUCCGGUUUUUCUUUGGUAAAGGACCAUUAUUGAAUGUAAACAAUCGAUCGAUAUACAAAAUAUCAAUAUCGCAAACAAUUGAGUUGUGUUUAGCAAGGGCGAAUCACGGUCGAUGUAUCGGAUAUAUAAAUGUGUGUAGUUUUGUAACAUAUGAAAACUUAAAUUCUCACGUACAAACUUUUUAAAGUCCAAAUAUUCCUAGGUCUCACUUUUAUCUCAAUAAUUACCGUGAAUUACUUUUGUUCAUUUUAUUUCAACAUAUGGUGUAUUUAGUAUAUAUGGAAUUGUAUAAAUUGAACAAACACAUUGAACUAUAACAUAAUGUAAUGUUGUUAAUUUUCUGAUGGCUCUUAAAAAAAAUAUAAAGUGUGUUCAAAAUUUUUACUCUAAGUUUGUUUUUAAAAAUUAGUUUUAGUUUAUUUUGCUGUAAUACAGUUAAUAACUGCUAAUAUAUUUUGUAGAGGUUGUCAUUCUUAUGUAACUAUUAGUUUAGCUUUAUUAUAUGUUAUUUAGAUAAUUAAAACUUGCGGUGAGGUUAAAUGUAGAGCUCAUGUGUUUAUAUAAUUUUAGUUUGCGUAAUGCUUUUUUUUUUUUUUUGGCAAGGAAUGUGAGUUGUAUAAAAUUUGUGUGCGAACGAUAUAUACGUCGAACUACGCGGGAUAUUGAUAUAUCACUCGCAUUAGAAAUUAAGAUAGUAAUAUAUACGUGCAUAUUAUGUAACACGCUCCAUAUUCAUCUUUUGAGUCGAACGAUUACAAUUGUGUUCAAGCGACAAUUACGCACAUGUUCCAUUUUCAGUGCCGAGACGACUUUUAUGGAAUUUCCGCAUAGUUUUUUAUGAAUUUUAUUUUUCAGCGCUUUAUGUUUCACCGUGUCAUUACUUGACUUGUACAUUUUAAUUUAUAUAAUCUAUAUAUGCAUUGUUAAUAUAUUUUUCAAUACAGAUGUAAUUUUGAUUUAA